UUUCUCUCCUCGCUCCCACCUUCCUACUCAGCCUCUCCCUCAUUGAUCCAAUUCGGACGUGCAUUGCGCCCUCCAGUCAUUCUUUCAAGACAUCCCUACAUCCAGUCUCUCCUUUGAAGACCAGUCGCUCUUUUUCUAUCCCUGCGGAUCCUGGCCCUCUUACGACUCUAUAUCUCUUCACGAUAAUUCAAAACACAUCACCACAAUGCGUUUCUUCUCCACCGGUCUGAUCUCCGCCCUCGUGGCCAUGGCUACUGCCUACACCACCCCCGACUACUCUGUCGGCCCAAGCGGCAACGCCAUCCUGGCUCCUGGUCUCCAGGAGCAGGUCCCUGCUGGCAAGCCCUACACCAUCACCUGGGAUCCCACCACCGAGGGCUCCGUCUCUCUGGUUCUCCUCCGUGGCCCCAGCACCAACGUCCAGCCUCUGUAUGCCAUUGCCGAGAACAUUGGCAACAGCGGUCACUAUGAGUGGACUCCCAGCACCGAGCUCGAGCCCGAUGUCACCCACUACGGUCUUCUCCUCGUUGUCGAGUCCGGCCCUAACAAGGGUGCCUACCAGUGGUCCACCCAGUUCGGUAUCAGCAACCCCAACUACGGCCAGGGCGAGUCCAGCUCCUCCGCUCCUACCAGCACUGCUCCUGAGCCCACCCAGGUUCCUUCCUCCACCAUCACCGAGACCACCGUCGUCACCACCACCACCUGUCCUGAGGACCAGCCCACUGGCGGUGCUACCACCUCUGUUCCUGUCAUCCCCCCCGGCUCCAGCACCCUCGUCCCGACCCCCUCUGCUCCCGCCUGGACCCCUACUUUCACUCCUGCUCCUCCUCAGUUCACCGGUGCUGCUGGCCGCAACGUCGUCAGCUUCGGUGCUGUUGCUGCCGGUGUCGCCGCUGUUCUUGCUUUCUAG